AUGCUUCCUACAACGAUGGAAAAUUUGAAGGAUGAAAGGAUCAAGAAUAAUGAUAAAGCAUCAUCGUGUUCAACAAUGAAUUUGUUAUGGCGAUUAUCUGUACGUAUAGGUAUCUCCCGUCAUAUGCUUCCCACAUUCAAGAUAAUCAUCAUAACUGGCGCUUUUGUCACAGCGCUUCUGUAUUAUUUGUCAUUGGAUUGGACGGUAUUUGUGGAAGAUCAAAGUUAUGGAAUUGCCGCCAUUCAAGGUCAGCAGGUUCGUUAUUUGAUUGAAUCAAGGCCUUGUUCCGAUGUGAAAAAGGAUUGCUACACUGUUUAUGAUGCUGUUGAUAUGUUUACGGGUGAUGUUAAUCGCUUUUUGAUAAUGCGACAUGUUCCAAAGAAACAUGGAACUGUUGUUCGCCUCAUCCCACCUAUAGGUCUCAAGUCUAAAGAAUCGGAUUCACGAUUUUGGAAAGUGAAUCAUACGCAUAUCAAUAGGCAGUAUGUAGCAGUUAUGCUAACUGUACCAUUUGGUGUUGCUGCAUUGGCACUCUCUAAUUACGCUAACCUGGCAGCGAAUGUUUUGAUAGUUGGUCUUGGUGGUGGCUGCAUGAAUAUGUUUUUGAUAAAUCAUUUUCCGAAGAUGGCAAUAACAGUUGUCGAACUGGACCAAAUUAUUAUUGAUCUAACGCGGCGAUGGUUUGGAUUGGAAAAAAAGAAUGAGAAAAUCCAGAUUGUGAUGAUGGAUGGUGUAAAAUUUGUUGAAAAAGCAGUGGCCAAAAAAAUCCGCUUUGACGUUGUGCUUAUUGAUGUAUGUGAUGAUGCCGGCGACGUAACUUGUCCUUUGGAAUUGUUUAUCCAUGCAAAUUUUAUAACAAAUUUGAAGAAAAUUCUGGAACCGACAGGAGUUGUGGUGCUGAAUGUUCUGCCACGCGAAAAUGCUUUGGAUCAGGUUCAUAAGGUACUGCAUGCAUAUCAAAAGCAAUUUCCAACAUGUGCUGUUGCUCCACUGCUUCGUGAAAUGAAUACAAUACUUGCAUGCCAAAUUCUACAGCAAGUUGAUCCGCAUGCCAGUCAACGUUUGAUGUCCGAAAGAUUUCAAGAGGCUUGGAGUUAUUUUGGAUUCAUCCAACAAUUUGGUAUUAUGGAACUGUCUUUCAUAAAUGGUAAAACCAAAGCAGAAAAUACUUCUUGA